AUGAAGCCCAUCACGGCAACCCACGCACUCUACUCGAAUCUUUUUCAGGAAAGUUUCGUGAACCCUUUCAACGGACGCCUCACCGGUACGAGCUCCUUGGCCGCCAAGUUGCUGUGUAGCGUUGGCUUCUAUCGAAAGGUGUCAAACCCGCUGCAGCUUGAAUGGAGCCCUGCGGAGUACAUGACAACGCUCCAGAAAAUCGUGUCAGCUGAGCAACUGAAGGCAGCGCGUCGACAGGAGCGACAGGCACGGCAGGAGCGCAGAGUCUCGAAGGUUGCUGCUAAAACGAGAAAGUUGUUGACACCAGCCACUAGGCAAACAAGGACGGGAGACUCGCGUGCAAAGUUAUCGGCGAAGUGCAGUGCAUCUGGAGAAGCCUUUAUGCCAGUAGGCGAGGCGAUGACAUCGGCACGCAGUCAGCUGCUUCGGCCAUUCCUGCGACAUGGACCCGACCACUGGAUGGCGAGCGUGGCAAAGCUCCUCGAGCGGCACGACGCCUUCACGUACCUCCACAAGGAGCUGGAGCGGCUCUACAGCCGUCUGAGCGCAGCGUACAUGCCGCCGAAGCUCGACACCCCCACGGACCCCAGCACAGUAGGCAUGGCUAUCACUCAGGAUCAGCGCCACGUGGUAAAGUUGGCACUGAGCGGCUUCAAUUUGUUCGUCGGCGGCAGCGCCGGGACGGGUAAGACAGUGCUACUCAAGUACAUCUACCGCGAGCUUUCCCAGAUGGGGCUACGGGUUGCCAUGACGGCCACCACAGGCGUAACGGCCGUUCAGCUCGGCGGCUGCACCUUCCACCACGCCUUCAAUGCGCCGCUCGACGCGGCACCGCAUCGGUGGGACGCCAAUGCGUUGCGAGCCGUCGAUGUAGUCAUUAUAGACGAGGUUUCGUUGCUCGAUGCAUGCAUGCUAGACGCCUUCGACAUGGAGGCGCGACUGGCUCGCAUGCAUCACAGACCGUUCGGCGGGCUGCAACUCAUCGCGUGCGGCGACUUCCUGCAGCUUUCACGCGAGGACACCCUACCGGCGUACGAAAGUGCCGCCUUCACGCAUUUGGUCCCACUGCGCCUCGUCACUCCAAUGCGACACGCUGCGGACGACCCGCUCAUGAGGCUGCUGGAGGAUCUACGGCAUGGCCGCUUCGACACGAAGUGUUUCGCUGCCCUCGAUAGACCAAUACCAGCGAACAGCACUCACGUCACGUACCUCUUUCCUCGACGCCGCGAGGCACAGCAGCUCAAUGACCUUAAGCUGAGUGAGCUAACGACGCAGGAGAUGACCUUCACCCCGCAGCGUGGACCGCUGCAGUUGUGUGGAACCUUCACGCACUCAGCGUUGGUGGAGCUAAACAGAGACGCUGACGGUAUGCGAGCUGCCAUGCCACACCGAGAGCGCCUGCUGGAGAUGAUUCACGAGGAGUCGCAGCACGUGUGCGCCGGUGGUCAUCGCAAGGAUGAAGGUGAGAGAGAGCUUGCGCCGCGUGUCGCGGAUCACGAGCUCGUCAUAAUGCCCGUGCGAGCCGAGGGGGCGCUGGUGACGCGCUUCGCUUUGCGAUUGCGGUGUCGAGAGCGAGAGUUGCCCACGUCUGGAACGAGAGGUGGGUGCGUUGGCAGUGCUGACAGCGGCGAGGACUGUACCUCUACGCAGCCUUCGGUACUUUCUGCGGGCGACGUGCCGGCCCUCGUGGUCAACCCGACUCACAGCGGUGCCCCCGCUGCCAUCUCGGUGAGCACGCUGCGCAGGCCGAUUACCACUCUCGCGACGAAGCGAACGCGUCGCAUCAUAGCACCUUUCUCUGCCGCUGAGUGGGAGGAGAUUGCAACCGCCGUCGCCACGCGACUCGGCGGCCGCGUUGUCACGAUGCUGGAGGAGGAGCCGUCCUCUAUGGUACCGCUGAGUGUGACCAUGGCGCUUGCAGACAUGACAAGCUCCGACGUUGCCCUUUCCCUUGCGCCGCUGCGACUCAAGCUAGGGUGUCGGGUCAUGGUGAAUCGCAACCUCUCACGAACGGUGUCGAAUGGAAGCGUCGGUAUUGUUGAGGCCUUUGCCCCACCAGACAUCAACCUCUUCCCGCGCCGUACCGACCGCUCUGCGCGCGCCGUGUUCCAGCGUGUGUGUCAACAGAAGCUGUUUGCACAGCUCCCCAUUGUGCGCCUCCUUGGCGGGGAGGUGGUGCAGAUUCCACCCAUCUCGAUCACCCUCGGUGGCACGGCGCAGAGCUACUUCUACGGCCACGAGGUGCUCACCAUACCGCUGCAACUCGGCUACGCCUUCACGGUGCACAAGGUGCAGGGGUUGACACUGCAAGGUACAGUGGUGUUGGACUGCGAGAAGUUCUUUGACUGCGCGCACCUAAUCUACGUCGCGUGCUCGAGAGUACGGAAGCUCGAUCAGCUUGUUGUUUACCGCGUCCAGCCAAGCAUGAUCAUUGUGCGUCGCAGCGCACUGGAGUUCUCCAACAAGCUGCAGGACGCGAGAAACUUGAAUGUCGUAGAUUUUCCACCUUCGACUGCGCGCUCUUCUUGGUCUCAACACCCACACACACAACAGCGCGUUUUUUUUUCUACACCAGCCUAA